AUGUUUCUCCUACCGGCAUUAGUCUCUUGCCUACCCCUGGCCCUGGCGGCCAACAUCUUCGUGUCCCCCAAGGGCGUCGCGACACCCGACGGCUCCCAGUCCAAGCCCUUCAGCGACAUCCAGGCGGCCGUCAAUAUUUCCCAGCCAGGCGAUAUCAUCAUCCUCCGUGGCGGCACCUACGACCUCCUAAAGAACAUCAACAUCACCGUCAACGGCACCGCCGCCGCGCCUAUCACCCUGCAUGCCGCUAAGGACGAGGAGGUCAUCAUCGACGGCGAGGGCCUGCCGGACACGCCCGCCCCCGUCGGCGCUUCCGUCCUGAACCGGAACCGCGGCGUCCUCCACGUCGAGCGCGUGCAAUACUGGAACUUUGCCGGUCUCACCUUUACCCACGGCGCGUACGGAGUCUACGUCAAGGACUCUAGCAACUUGCGCUUCAACCAGAUCGUCACGCGGGACAACUACGAGUCCGGUUUCCACAUGCAGGGUGCCCUAUCCAACAACGUCAUCUCGUACCUCGACUCGUACGGUAACCACGACCCGAGAAACAGUGGCGAGAAUGCCGAUGGUCUUGCUAUCAAGGAAGGCAAGGGAGAGGGCAACAUUGUCGUUGGCAGCAGAUUCUGGGACAACUCUGACGACGGUGUCGACUUUUGGGAGUUCCACUCCAAGUUGACUAUCAAGGACAGCAUCGCGUGGGGCAACGGCUUCAACCGCUGGAACAUCUCCGGCUUCACCGGCAACGGAAACGGCUUCAAGCUCGGCGGCGGCAGCGCGGGCGAGAUCCUCCCCGCCGCCCGCGACGUCAUCAACUGCAUCGCCUUUGGCAACAAGGCUAACGGCUUCACGGACAACUCACAGACGGGCGACUUUAUCAUCGAGGCCAACACCGCGUGGCUAAACGGCAAGACGGGCUUCCGCAGCGUAAACGCCACGGCCGUCCUCAAGCGCAACGUCGCCGCCCUCAACAACCCCGGGGCCGCUGCCAACGCCACCUACGCCGGCCAGGCGAGCCUGCGCAACAACCAGACGUCUGUCAACAACUCGUGGGACGUCCUGGGCGUGCCCGCGCUGACGAAUGCCAGCUUCAAGAGCGUCGACAUUAGUCUUGUUGCUGGUGCACGUGACAAGAAUGGCAAGAUUGUGCCCAGCGACUUUUUGGUGCUUGUUGAUGGCGCUAAGAGGGGUGCUACUACCACCUGGAAAUAA